UGUUUAAAAGAUGACUUCAUCUUACACACAAUACGGCAGGAGAAAAGGGUCACUUCGGAAAUUUGACCCUUUUCUACAGGUGAAAAAGAAACCGGGCUCACCUGUAAACAUACCUGCUGAGUUUACCAUCCUGAAUCCAGCAAGAUGGGCACGAAUUCAGGACGAAGCGAAAGGCGUGAACAAAGAGCAAGAGCAUAUCCUUGCAGCCGUGAGAGAGCGCGAGGCCCUGCACCAGCGCUCCAAAGAAGCUACCAAAAACUGGCCCGACACUUUCGCUGCAAAGCGGCAGAAGGAGUUGGAAGCGAUGAGAAUUCGAGAGGAACUUAAAGAAGAGGAGAGGAGGCAGAUAGACAUUGACGAGGCAAAUUUUCAAGAGCAGCAAAGAAAGAUGGCCAUAGACAGAGCGAGAACGCUGCAGUUCUUCGAGACUGACAGAGUGAAGAGAUUUCAUAGUGCCCUGCUGAAGACUGAGGUCCUGAAGGAGAGGGAGGCCCAGAUUAAGCUGAUGAAGAAAAAACAGAACGACUGUAAAGAAACGGAUAAAGAGUAUAUGUCCUUGAUGGCGCGCAACGAGAUGAUGGCUUUAGAGCAGGAGCGUCAAAAAACCUUGGAGAAGGAGCAAAAGCUCAUGGAGCUUGCUGAGAGUUGGAGCCAACAGGUUAAGGAGCAUGAGCAGGCAAGGGAGGACGAGUGCAUGAGAAAGAAAGAACAGGAAGAGGAAUGCCACAGACGCCAAGAGCGCUACAUUCAAGAACACCUCACACGCAAGCAGAAGAAGCAAGUGGACAAGACGAAUCUUCUAAGGUCCUAUCAGGAACAAUUUGCCCUCAAGAAAACCAUCCAAGCAGCUGAGGAUGAGAUACAAGAUGUGGAAAAAGAAAAACGAAAGCAGUUUAUCGAGACUAAGGGCAAAAUGGAGGAACUCUGGAAGGAAAAAGAGAUUGCAAAGUUCAAAGAGUCUGAGAAACAAAGGGAACUUGUUGCUGAGAUCCUGGCGGCUCAAGAAAAAAAGAAAAUCAGCCGUGAAGAAGCGCUAAUUUCCAAGGCAACUGCAGAAGCUGAGGCCAAGCACGAGAAGGAACAGCGUGAGAAGGCUGAGAAGAGGGCGACCAUGAUGAAGGGUAUCGCCGACCACAGGGAAGUUGUGAAAAAAGAGCUGAAGCUCAAGAAACAAGAAGAGAAACGGAAAGUUGUUGAGACGCUUAACGCAAAGAAAGCAGCAGACCUUGAUUUCCUUAAAAAGCAGCAAAUCAAGGCCCAGAAAAAGAAAGAGGCGGCCAAAAUGCUCCAAGACACUCAUGUAAAGCAGAUGGCCGAGAAAAAUGCACAGGAACAGUGCCUGAAAACACAGGAGCAAGACUUUCAUAUGAAGUAUGCAGAUCUUAUCACAGAGGAAGAAAGGCAGUUUCAGGAUUACGCCAAGCUGAUGAUUCAGAGAGCCAGAGAGACUCAGAGAGACACUAUGCUUCUGCACAAGGCUGCAAAGGAGGGCUUUGGUGGAGGACACGGACCUGUAUUCGAUGGCGUUAGACCAAGUUACAUGGUUCAGGAUCCAACAGGGGCUGAGCUGCCCAGUUAUUGGUGCAAUAGUACUCAGACUAUAAAGGAGCUCAAUGAGUCUACUAACAUUCAGGAUGCUAAAGAACAACUGGGAUUUGUUCGGCAAGUAUGA